AUGUUAUUAGAAUUGAUAGUGUUGGCAAUUUUCUCAAUUUUCUUAUAUUAUUUUGCAUAUUAUGUUGUGCUACCAAAGUAUAGGAUGCAAUUUUAUAAGAACCAGGGACUUAAAGAGUAUGAAUUCAGACCUGUUUAUGGAUGGCUUACAGAUAUUACACUGAUGAAGAGGAAUCAAUGGAACGAUUGUCUUUACUAUAUUAAACGUCUUAGUCAAAACCCUGAUUAUAAAGAUUAAGAUAUUAUUCUUAGUAACCUUGCUGAUCAAGCUCUCCUUACUUUAAUUAAUCCAGAGCUUAUUAAUGAAUUUCUUUAGAGAUAGAAUGAAUAUAUAAAAUACUAAUUGCCUGUGUAAGGUAUUGAGGAUUUCUUAGGCAAUGGACUAUCAAGAUAGUAUGGAGAAAAAUGGAAAAAUGGAAGAAAAGUAAUUUCUAACAUGUUUACUUUUGAAAAUAUUACUGCUCAAUUAUAAAGAGUCAAAGAAAUUUCACGCAAAUACAUUAAUAAUGAAGAUACUGAAAAAUUUAAUAUCAAAUAUGUCUUUGAGAAGAUUUCUGGAUCUUAAAAUCUUUAAGUUUUGCUUGGAGCAGAAGUAGAAAAGUACAAAGACAGUGAAGGAAGACACCUUGGUGAAUGCGUCCAGUAAUUGUCAAACGAUAUUUGUGCUCUUUACAUUUCACCAUUCGCGAUGAUUUUUGGCUAAAAAAUACUUAAAUGGAAUUUAAGAGAAGCUGAUCGUUAAAUUUAAAAACGUAUGAAAGACAUGCGCGAAUUAAUGACUAAAAUUUUAAUUGACUGCGUAAAUCAUGAAAAAGAUCCUUCUUAUGAAGCUAAAUUUCCUAGUUACAUCACAUUCUUGCUAAGGGCUGGCUAUUUAUAAACUGAUGAAGAAAUUAAUGAUCUUAGAGCCACUGCUUUUAGUAUAUUCUUGGGAGCUAAAGAAAGUACAAGCAAGUUAGCUAACAUGACAAUCUACAAUUUGAUAAAGCAUCCAGAAUAAUACAAAUUGGUAUAUGAUGAAAUACAAAAAUAUGUUAGUCACGACGAUUACAAUUACCUUGACAUUUAAAAGCUUAAUCACCUGCAAGCAAAUAUCAAAGAAACAUAAAGAACAGACCCAUCUUCUGCCUUUUUAAGAUUAAGAGUAGCUUAGAAUGACCAUACACUUGGAAAAUAUUAAAUUAAAAAAGGCAGUAUCAUCAAUGUUGGUUAUCUCGCUAACUUUUACAAUGAGAAAUACUUCAGGGAUCCUUUUACUUACAAUCCAAGUCGUUGGUUUGAUAAGUAAGAAGACCUCAAAAUUAAAGAAAAUCACUUCGUUUUCAUUCCUUUCUCUGCAGGAUCAAGAAAUUGUAUUGGAUAACAUUUAGCUACUAUGUAAAUAAAAGUUAUGAUUGUAGAAUUUAUCAAGAAAUUCCACUUACCUCAAAUCCCUCCUGAUUUCGAUGAUGAAAAGACAAUGAUUUAAUCAUAUGGCUUUAAAAAUCCUCUAAUCGUUAAAUUAUAAAAGAGAAGUUGA